AUGGAGGGCCAGAACGAGAACGAUGAGCUCUAUCCUAUUGCCGUGCUCAUCGACGAAUUAAAACAUGAUGAUGUCCUAUUGCGAUUGAACGCCAUACAUCGCCUCUCUACGAUUGCCUUAGCACUAGGACCUGAGCGAACGAGAGACGAGCUUAUACCGUUCCUUGACGACUCAGUUGAAGAUGAGGAUGAAGUUCUGACCGCACUAGGAGAAGAGCUUGGAAACUUUAUCGAGUACGUUGGGGGUCCUGAAUAUGGUCACGUCCUGCUGAGGCCUCUCGAGAAUCUCGCUGCCAUAGAAGAGCCACUCGUGCGCGAUAAGGCUGUCGAUUCCCUUAACAAGAUAUGCGCCGAGCUUUCGACUCAACAGGUCGAGGAGCACUUCAUUCCUCUUACACUGGGCCUUUCCAAAGCUGAUUGGUUCACCUCGAAGAUCUCAGCCACAGGUUUAUACGUCGCACCCUACAGGAAAGCCUCCCCAGCUUCGCAACAAGUUCUGAGACAGCAGUUCGGUCAUCUCGUGCACGAUGAGACUCCAAUGGUCAGAAGACAAGCAGCGAACAAUCUGGCAAAGUUUGUGAAGGAAGUGCCAGUUCAAAUCGUCAUUGAUGAGAUGAUCCCUCUCUUCCAGCAUUUGGCCAGCGACGACCAAGAUAGCGUACGCCUUCUGACUGUCGAAGUCCUGAUAGCCAUUGCCGAGAUGAUACCUAAAGAGCAGCAGCCGAGUCAUGGGGUUCUUCUAAAGGCCUUACGAGAUCUGUUUGAGGACAAGAGCUGGCGAGUGAGAUAUAUGGUUGCAGAAAAGUUUGAGAAGAUCGCAAAAGCAGUCAAUGAAGAGGUUGUUACAAGGGACCUUGUGCAAACUUUUGUCAAGCUCCUCAAGGACAGUGAGGCUGAAGUCAGGACAGCUAUUGCCAGUCAAAUCCCAGGAUUUUGUGGACUGCUGGAGCGCGAAGUCCUGCUCGACCAAAUCAUGACCAGUAUAGAAGACCUGGUCUCGGACCCCUCGCAGCAUGUUAGAGCUGCUCUUGGAACGCAACUUUCUGGCCUGGCUCCAAUACUCGGCAAAGAGGAGACAAUCUCACACUUACUACCUAUGUUUUUGCAAAUGCUCAAGGACGAGUUUCCAGACGUACGCCUGCACAUUAUCUCGAAACUCGAGCUUGUCAACAACGUCAUCGGUAUUGAUCUUCUCUCGCAGUCACUUCUCCCAGCCAUUGUGCAGCUUGCAGAGGACAAGCAGUGGAGAGUCCGCCUGGCCAUUAUCGAAUACGUCCCUCUCCUAGCCAAGCAGCUGGGUGUGAAGUUCUUCGAUGAGCAGCUCAGCAAUUUGUGCAUGGGUUGGUUGGGCGACACUGUUUUCUCUAUCAGAGAAGCAGCUGUCGCAAAUUUGAAAAAGCUCACAGAAGUCUUCGGCGUCGAUUGGGCAAAACAGUCCAUAAUCCCCAAGGUGGCCGCGAUGAGCCAGCAACAAAAUUACCUCUACCGAAUGACGACCUGCUUCGCCAUAACUACUCUAUCUCCCGUUGUGACAGUCGAUAUUAUCGAGUCUUCUGUCCUGCCUAUGAUGGACCGUCUAGUGUCGGACCCUAUCCCUAAUAUUCGCUUCAACGUCGCCAAAUCGUAUGCAGUCAUUAUCGAUGCUCUCAAGAAGCUUUCUGAGAAGGGAACCCUUGCAGAGCAGGAAACAUCCGUGACCGCGUCCGCGGGAUCGUCAAAAGGUCAGCAACUGAUCACGAAUCAGAUAAUGCCAAACCUGGAGAAGCUACAAAGCGAUCCGGACGUCGAUGUAAGGUAUUUUGCUACUGUUGCUGCGGGUGGGCCCGCUCAAGGUGGACCAGUAUUUCAGGGAAACGACAAGAUGGAUACUGGCUCCUGA